UUUGCAACCGCUGCAAACUGGCAGCUAUCGGUAAGUGCUCAGUUUGACCCCUCUGUCCUGAAUUUGUUCAACACUGUUCUUCCCCUUCUAAAUCGUGUCCUGCGGCACAAGUGACAGCCUGGGAUGCCGUGACUUCUGUGUGUCUUGAGGUAAAAAACAAAAUGUCUUCUGAGGCUGAGGUUAAGCGUUUGUGGAGGUCUGCAGAUGCUGUAUGCUUUGAUGUAGACUCCACUGUGUGCUGUGAUGAAGGCUUGGAUGAGCUUGCUAACUUUUGUGGGGUAGGAUCUCAAGUGGCUGAAUGGACCAAGAAAGCCAUGGGCGGUGGUGUCUCCUUCAGAGAAGCCUUGCAACAACGACUCAACAUUGUGAAACCAUCACAACAGCAUCUGUCAGACUUUAUAGCUUCACAUCCCCCUAAACUUAGCCCAAGAAUCACAGAACUUAUUUCCAAGUUGCAGCAGUCAAACAAGAAAGUUUUUCUAGUUUCUGGUGGCUUUCGUGACAUCAUCACACCAGUUGCGAACUUGCUCAGUAUACCCCUGGAUUGUGUUUAUGCAAACAGACUUAUUUUCAAUGAAGAUGGGAGCUAUGCAGGGUUUGACCUGGAUGAGCCUACAUCUGAAUCUGGCGGAAAACCACGUGUAGUCGGUGUGAUCAAAAGGAAGUAUGAUCUGAACACAAUGAUCAUGAUCGGUGACGGGGCGACAGAUAUGGAAGCUGUUCCUCCAGCCGAUGCCUUCAUUGGCUAUGGAGGCAAUGUGAUACGUGAAAAAGUCCGAGACAACUCUCACUGGUUUGUGACCGACUUUCAGCAACUCAUUGAUGAACUGAGCUGAAGACUUGAAUACCUCUUACUGUUGUAUUUGUUAAAACACUAUAGUCUAAGACUAUCUACUCCUAGAUAUUGUCAAUUAUUAAUUCAUACAUUGUGAAAGUAAAUUAUAAUUACCUCCAUUUUGUUACUGGUGUAUUGUAUUCACCUUUAAAAUGUUUCUGUUACUUCCCAACUAGUAAAGUCAAGUUUAUUUUUCUACCUUUGCGCAUAAAUGCAUCAGGGCUUCAAGGAGGAAACAAAGACCAUGAUUAUUAUAAGAUAGACAUCGUUUUACACACAUUGCUUCUGCUUUUCUAUUCCUAGGCAGGGGAAAAACGGACCAUUUUUCAUCAAAAGAGUUAAUGGUCUUACAUUAUAGUGUGUUUUGUGCUGCAGAAUCUGAUUAUUCUGAAGAUGUCAGGAUUUCAGAAUCUCUUGAUAUUAUACUUACUUUUUGUAAUAUACACAUCUUUCAGACAUUGAAAUAUCAUUACAAAAUAUUAUAAUAGUUUUGAAGAAUUUAUUAGCUUUAUUCUUUCUUUCAAAGCUCUCUCCCAUUUUACAUUUGAAAUAAGCUUCAAGUUCAGAAAAUUACAUAAUUACAGGAUGAACUAUAGCUCUUGUACACCCAGUGUUUUGAAUAUUUUAAGCCAUGCUUCUUUUCAGUUGUAAAUUCGUCCCACAAGAAACAAGUGAGACUUAUAAUUGGGGGUUUUUUGGCAACAGACAAUGUAUAAAUGACUGGCAUACUUUGUCACACUAUCUUUGCCACUGGGAACUGGUGACUGAUUUCUUGAUUAUAUUAUAAAAGAGGAAGAACAACCAUUAUAUCACCCAUGUUUUAAGAAAAAAAACUCCAUUGGCUCACAACAACAGCUAGAAUUACUUACAAUAUUGUCUUUUGCCAUAAAUGUGUUUACAAUAAAGCCCACAUGCAUUUAAACAACCUCAUUCAAAUGUAUUUUCCUCCAAGAUCUCUGAGAUCAGAAGAUCAGUCUCUAUUGUGAUGAGAGCACCUAGGACAGGAGGUGAAAAAGUCGCCGGGAGGCCCUUUUCUCAUCUAUCUCCAUCUGUCUGGGACUUUCUCUCUCUCUCCACAACAUUGGAGGGAUACAAAGUCGGAGAAAAAAUUUAAAAUUCAUUUAACAACAUACUUCAUUUUAUGCCCUCUAAAUAGUUUGUCUUUCUUAUUCAUAGUACUCUGUUUAUAAUGUGAUAUGCAUAUCGUUAUCGAUUAUGCUGUGAUAGUAUGAAUGUCUGCUCAUGUGUUAGCCUUUAUGUAAAGAACAUGUAUUAUGUAUGCAUGUUCAUGCACGUUUAUUUUGUGUUUAAAAAGGUGUUGUAAAGGCCCUAGAGCUGUAUUGUAGGGGAGUGGGAGCUACAGAAAUGUAUUAUCUGCAUCAUUAUUAUUAUUAUUAUUAUUAUUAUUAUUGAUUAUUCAUUGGUCAUUGUUCAGUUGUGUGACUCGCAAAAUUCCAUGGUUCAUUGGUUUUGCUGAUGGUGCUUUGUUGAGGUCUGAAAGUGUUAACAUCAGCUGAACUUGCACAGGCACUUGCCAGGAGUAAGUACAUUGAACAUGAAGCUUUUUCCAAGUUGACGUUUUUGGGAACUGAUAUUAACUGGGUUUUACUGUCUGAGUAUGUGACCAGAUGAAGAUCUGCUGCUGUUUCGAUUUUGUAGAAGAACCAAGUGAUAACAAAAUAUUUAUAGACUGCACAAACUGUUCGAGGUCAACAUUUCUGUAGUAUAAAAAAGCCAGCUAGUGGAAGUAUUAUGAUUCUCUGUCACCUCUGUGAAUAUCCUGUCAUUUAAAGCGACAAAAUAGCUGCCAAGGCCUGGUGUCUGCCAAUACUAUGACAGGUGGCCGUUGGACUGUAUUUAAAUGACACCUAUUGAAGAUUGCGCUGUAGAAACAUGUUGCUUGCUCAGUUAAAAGUCUGAAUGGAGCAUUUUGGACCAUGCGUUUCCCUGAGUUACAAUUUUAUGUCACCCACUGAUACUACCUGUGCCUGUUCUCUGGGUUUUUUCCCUAGGGUAACUCCUGGAAAACCUUUGUUGUUAUGUGAUGGACCAGAUUGCAUAUCUGUUUUGUUGUAUGUUUUGGUCGUUUUGAUUGAAAAUAUCGUAUUAUCGCACCUGAGAUUAUUUUGUUUGGUCUCGGCCGUGUUUUAGUAAUUGUUGUGUUGUGAAAUUAAGAUUUUUAUGACCUCUAAAGUAUUUCAAUUAUGCUCCUUUUCAGAGUUGACAACAAAUUUAUGUUCACUGGAAUAUGUGCAAACUUGGAGAAUCUCCUGCCUUCAUUUUUUUAAAAGACAAAAAAAAACAAUUUUUUAUUCAAAUGUGAUUUUAUUAGUUUUUAAAGCCUAUUAAUUCCUUGACUCUUUCAAAAUUGUAGUUAUGCACUGCAGGAGUUUCGAGCGCCAUGAAACCUUACUAAAACAACACAAACUGCUGGAAAGAAUAGCAUUUACCCUUCAGGACCUGGUAUGUGCAGUGCGAGGAUAUAAAUAGUGUAAGAGUCAGAAAACAAGAAAGUGCCUUAACUUAGAGCUCAUGAAGUGUGUAUGCUUUCAUCAAAGACUUCCUUCAUGCAUGUACAAGGUUAAUUGCUUAGAAUUUAUUUUUGUACUGUGUUGUUGUCUCCAAAGUAGAUGAUUGAGAUCUGGCCAAGAUUUUUGUUUUAAAGAACAGAGACCAUAAGUUGUUAAUCCUGACUCAGCUUCUGAUUCUAACUAGCAAAUUUUUCUAUCUUAGUGGUUUUGAGUAAAAAUCACCUUCCCCAUCCUCAUGUGACUGAUAUUCAUAUUAUGAAAGUGUAAGACAAGGCCUAAACCUUUCCGUUUCGAUAUAAAUUAUUGAAAAAUGGAUUUUUAUUUCCUGGGCGUUUUUUACCAUAUUCAAUUCAUGACAUCUAAUUCACUGUAUUCAAAGGACUAACACUUUAGGCUAAGCCAGAUCUAUUUAAAGAUUCAAAUGAUAAAAGCUUUCUCUUUGCCUGCAAGUUGACUGUGGUGUAUCAGAAAAUUAUAAAUUUGUUGCAAACUAUGCUUUUUUCCAUUUCCUUUUUUUGUAACGUAAACUUCCGUUUCUAGUAUGUUUUACUUUUUUUAAAUUAUAGUUCUUUAUGAGUCAGCACCAUAAUAGCCAUACUUUGCCAAAGGUCAGAUGUGGACAAAUGCACACAAAAAAAAAGUAAAAAGGAGGAAGAUGUAGAACACGCACCUGCCUCAGUUUGAAUGUACAAGUAGAUCAAAUCUAGGAAAAUGUAUGAAUGUUUUUAUUUUUGUUUAAUGCAACAUAAAAUUGUCUUGUGAAUUUAAGUGUAGAUAUGUUUUCUUUCCGUUAAAAUUUAAUGGUUUGUUGAAUGUCUGUACUUUAAGACAAAUCUUUAAAAAUCCAAAAUAGAUCACAAUGAAGUUUCA